AUCAUGCAUGCCGUCUCCUGACUGUGUCUUGUCCACCCCUUCCGGACGGGCUAAUCCCGACAACUGCUAGUUAGAGUCCGUGUGGCCCUUGAUCACCAGUGGCUCUUCACGGCACCAAUCCCACUACCAGUCUUGCUUGUCCCCAUCCGCUCGCGCCGCCCGCCCGGUUUCGUCUGAGCCAGACGAAGCGCCCGUCACCAUGCACAACCAGAUCACGGCUUCCACGGGUAUGGACCAACAGAGUCACCUCGCACCCGACAACACCUAUGGUAAUGAGAACUGGGUCGACAUGAACUCCUUCCAGCACCAGACCACAAUGCCCGACUAUAGCGGCGGAUUCGCCUACAUGCCUCCUAUAAACCACGGACUGCCUUCGGAAUCCCUCAGCAGAAUGCCGCCGCCACCUCCUCCGCAGCCGAUGCACCAGCAGCCGCAGGCCAGUCACACGCAGCUGCCGAUGCUCAUGAUGCCCCCGGUGACGUUUCCGAGUAUGUUGACGAACCCGAACACCUACGGACCGCCGCACUCUGCUCCACCAGUUGCCAUCCCCUCCAUUGCGGCUCCGCUCAAAGCCUCAAAGUUGCCCGCAAUCCAGACCACAUCGCAGCCAAGGAAGACCCUGACAGACGAGGACCGCCGGGCAAUGUGUCAGUAUGCCGAGGACCAUCCUACUGCCAAACAGACAGACAUUGGCGCUCGUUUUGGGGUGGAGAGGAGCACCGUAUCCAAGGUCUUGCGGAAUAAAGAAAAGUAUUUGAACGCCGAGGAGCGCAGCAGCUCUCCGGUCAGGCGCAUCGGCAAGGGGAAAGGGGUCGACCUCGAGAAGACACUGACAAAUUUCCUUCGGAAGGCCCAGAAAUCGGGCAUCGCGGUCACGAGCGAAACUCUCAAGGAAAGGGCACGCCUGUUCGCAUCCCUAGCCACUGGUGACUCGUUUUCCGAGCCUAUCAGCUCUGCCUGGCUCGAUAAGUUCAUGCUCAAGCAUGGCAUCGGCCCGGGUAGAUUGAUACGUCGGGCGUCCGAGACCAACAUUCCCGACAGUAUCCGUGCCUCUGGCUCACCGUCCCUGGCACCGUCUCAGCCUCAAAGUGCGAUUUCCCCCGCCUCUCCGUCGGGCCAUCUUUCCCCGUCUCCCUUGUCGGCGAACAGGAGCGACGAGGAGAAGGAGAGUAUGAACAGCUUCAUGGACUUCACCGCGGAUGGCGUCUACAAGCACUCGAACUCACAGAGCACGACGUCUUUGUCCAGCGCCUUCACCGAUGCGGCAACCCCGUCCUUCCCGGGCAGUGCAAUAAGCCCCACAGCCUCGUUCAACUUCUCCCCUGACUCCAAUGUUGGCUCGUUUCUCCCUGCAGACCAGAGCAGACAACUCCCGGGGCACGGGGCUGGGUUUCAGCGACCGCGAAGCCAGACUUUCCCCACCCUAGAUCUUGAGUAUAUGAAUCAACCUCAGUCAACGGAGCCUGCGACGCCAAAGUACCAUGUCUCGUCCACCGCUCCAUCUUCCGCGUUGGAGGCAUCAACUCAGGAACACAAUGGAUCGAGCUUCAGCUUUGAGCAGGCGGUAUCGCCUCAGCUUCGCCGCAGCAGCAGCAACAGCAGCAUCGCCGGCCGGUCAACGACCACCACAGCAAUGUCCAGUGCCGUUGGCCCAUCCCCGGGCUCCCCUACGCAGGAGGAUGCACGCAGGGCUGCCGACACUCUACUGUCGUUCAUUUCGAAUGCCAGCGGAUUUGUCGACCAUCACGAAUACUUGACUGUCGUGAGGCUAACGGAGAAGCUGCGGAUACACCAGAGCCAGCUUGCCAAGGCCGCAAUCCACGGGAUGGGAGGGCUGUCUCGAAUCCCCGAAGGCGACAACGAGAUGCCGAAUGCACCGCCCUCUAUGAUGAAGGCGGAAUCAACCAUGAAUGGCUAGGGAGCAUGGUCAUUGCGAAUUUUUUCGUCGACAUCGAGAUCCUGACACAGGCGAAGUGAAGCGCAAGAUGAGUUCAUGGCCGCGACGACGUGACGUUCCGGCAGCCUCAAGGAGGAGAAC